AUGUCCUUCGUCAAGCUCAGCAUCUUCGGCACCUCCUUCGAGGUCACGACUCGCUAUGUCGACCUCCAGCCCGUCGGCAUGGGUGCCUUUGGUCUCGUGUGCUCCGCAAAGGACCAGCUCACAGGCUCGUCCGUCGCGAUCAAGAAGAUCAUGAAGCCCUUCAGCACCCCCGUCCUCUCCAAGCGCACCUACCGCGAGCUCAAGCUCCUCAAGCACAUACAGCACGAGAACAUCAUCAGCCUCCUAGAUGUAUUCAUCUCCCCAUUAGAGGAUAUCUACUUUGUCACCGAGCUCCUCGGCACCGAUCUCCAUCGACUGCUCACCUCCCGCCCACUGGAAAAGCAAUUCAUCCAGUAUUUCCUCUACCAAAUCCUCCGCGGUCUCAAAUAUGUUCACUCCGCAGGCGUCGUACAUCGUGACCUCAAACCGAGCAACAUCCUCAUCAACGAGAACUGCGACCUCAAGAUCUGCGAUUUCGGGCUCGCCCGCAUCCAGGACCCCCAGAUGACCGGCUAUGUCUCCACGCGCUACUACCGUGCGCCCGAGAUCAUGCUCACCUGGCAAAAGUACGACGUCGCCGUCGACAUCUGGUCCGCGGGCUGCAUCUUCGCCGAGAUGCUCGAGGGCAAGCCGCUCUUUCCCGGCAAGGACCACGUACACCAGUUCUCGAUCAUCACAGAGCUCCUGGGCACCCCGCCAGAGGACGUCAUCCAGACGAUCGCCAGCGAGAACACGCUCCGGUUCGUGCAGAGCCUGCCCAAGCGCGAGCGCGUGCCCUUCAGCGAGAAGCUCUCGUGCAAGGACCCCGCCGCGAUCGACCUGCUCGAGAAGAUGCUCGUCUUUGACCCGCGCAAGCGCAUCACCGCGACCGACUCCCUCGCCAACGAUUACGUCGCGCCCUACCACGACCCCACCGACGAGCCCGAGGCCGCGGAGAAGUUUGACUGGUCGUUCAACGAUGCGGACUUGCCCGUCGACACGUGGAAGGUCAUGAUGUACAGCGAGAUCCUCGACUUCCACCAAGUCGGCGACACCCGCCUCGACAACGGCAACGUCCCCGAGGGCGCACUCGCCGCACCAGAAGGCGACGCAGCCUCCGCGCCCGCCGUCGGCACAGAAGCGUAG